AUGUAUGGGGGUGAGGAGUGGCCAGGUCCUGUCCCAGCCGGUGCCUGGGUCUCUGCAGAGGAGCCAGUGGACGAGGUGACAGUCGAUGGGCAGAGCCAGGACCCAGACGCGGCCAUCGAGGGAUGGACCACCGUGGAGUUCCAGCCCUUCUUCAAUGAGAAGACCUUCGGGUCUGGGGAGGCAGAUUGUGGGCUGCGGCCUCUGUUUGAGAAGAAGUCGCUGGAGGACAAGAUGGAGCAGGAGCUGCUGGAGUCCUACAUGGACGGGAGCAUCGUGGAGGGCUGGGACGCAGAGAUAAGCCUGGCGCCCUGGCAGGUGAUGCUUUUCCAGAAGAGUCCCCGGGAGCUGCUGUGCGGAGCCAGCCUCAUCAGUGACCUCUGGGUCCUCACUGCUGCCCACUGUCUCCUGUACCCGCCUUGGGACAAGGACUUCACUGCAAAUGACCUUCUGGUGCGCACUGGCAAGCAUUCCCGCGCCAGGUAUGAGCGAGACAUGGAAAAGAUCUCCAUGCUGGAGAAGAUCUCCAUCCACCCCAGGUACACCUGGAGGGACAUCCUGGACUGCGACAUCGCCCCGCUGAAGCUCAAGAGGCCCAUCACCUUCAGCAGCUACACCCAAUCCGUGUGCCUGCCCGGCAAGCAGACGGCAGCCAGGUUGCUCCAGGCGGGAUACAAAGGGUGGGUGACAGGCUGGGGCAACCUGGAGGAGGCGUGGAUAGCCAGUCAUGCCGAGGUGCAGCCCCGCGUCCUGCAGGUGGUGAACCUGCUCAUCGUGGAGCGGCCGGUCUGCAAGGCCUCCACCCGCAGCCGCAUCACCGACAAUAUGUUCUGUGUUGGUUACAAGCCCGAUGAAGGGAAAUGAGGGGAUUCCUGUGAAGGUGACAGUGGGGGACCCUUUGUCCUGAAGAGCCCCUAUAACAACCGCUGGUAUCAAAUGGGCAUCGUCUGGUGGGGUGAAGGCUGUGACAGGAAUGGGAAGUAUGGCUUCUACGCACAUGUGUUCCGCCUGAAGAAGUGGAUACAGAAGGUCAUUGAUCGGUCUGAAAGUUAG